GCCGGUGACAUGGAGGGUGUGUGCUGAUGUCACAGGGGGAGGAGGACAGGAAAAGCCGCAGGGACACUUUAGUUCGGAGUUUGUGCGCUGUGUUCUCUGCCCUCAGAAUCUUCUGAUGAAGUAAGGAGCCAUCUGGGUGUCAAGUUCUGCAGAGAGAAAAUUUAGCUUGAAGAAGUCACAGCGAUAAGAAGCAGAAAUGUCAUCUGACUCAACCUCACCUGUUACUGGCACAUCCAGUGGGUCUCCAGUAUCGCCUCAGUUUCCAGAGUCUCCGAAGACCCUUAAUUUACCAGGCCCUCAACGAAUAAGAGAUCGCUCUCCAUCUCCUAUGAGACACCUCAUGCCUAGUCCACUCCCUACUAGACGUACAAGAACAUUUUCUGCAACUGUCCGAGCUUCUGAAGGACCAGUGUAUAAAGGAGUGUGUAAAUCCUUCUGCCGCUCUAAAGGACAUGGCUUCAUCACACCCGAAGAUGGAGGGGCAGAUAUCUUUGUACACAUUUCCGAUAUUGAAGGAGAAUAUGUCCCUGUAGAAGGUGAUGAAGUCACUUACAAAGUUUGCUCCAUUCCUCCGAAACAUGAGAAAAAACAAGCGGUGGAAGUUGUGAUAACCCAUUUAGCUCCUGGAACAAAGCACGAGACAUGGUCUGGACAUAUCAUCACUUCUUAGAUUUGUGUAGCUAGCAUCACUUUUUUUUUUUUUCUUAGACGCCAUUGUUUGAUAACAUACAUUCUUUGCUACCACAUAAAGCUAUUACCCAUGAACAUUCUCACAAUGGUUGCACUGGAUUCUACAUUUAUGCUUUUCCAAUACACUGCCUUAUUUUCCUAUAGCUGUUUGUUGUUCUGAAUUAGGUCUAGGGGUUGUAAACUGUGCCGCUAUGCUGCUGUGACUUCAGAUAGCAGCACAUUGAACGGGAAUGGUAUUCUAGAUGCUAGAAAUUGUAUGGUUCAGGUGUUAUACAGUGGCGAUACUUUUGUUUAUUAUGCACAAAAAAGUGUGCUAUACUGAUGCAGACUUUUAGUAACACAGGAAUAUCUAACUAUUUUCUGAUAUGUUUUGUCUUCAAUAAAUAAUUGCAUUUUAUGUAAUAAAGUUCUAUAAAUGAUGACUGAGUUAAUGAAAAUGUUAAGAAUAAAGUUAUUAGAGGACAGUGGGGAGAUUUAUCAAAACUUGUCCAGAGGAAAAGUUCCCCAGUUGCCCCUAGCAACCAAUCAGAUCGCUUCUUUCACUUUUAACAAGGUCUCUGCAAAAAUGAAAGAAGCGAUCUGAUUGGUUGCUAUGGGCUCAGCUGUUCCAUUCAGUACCACUGCUCCAUUCACUUAUCUAGCAUUAUAACCUGUCUACUGGAUGUGUGAUGACGUUUUCCAAUCUGAAGC